AUGGCUCCACGGGUGCCUCCACAGGUGCCUCAACCAACAAUUGCUGAAAUGGAUACAGAAUUUGAUGAGCUUGCCUCUGUUUUAUCCAAGGAUCCAAGGGACCAAUUGACCUCUGGUAUAGGUGAAAUAACAACCAGGUUACAUUCACGUGGCUUUCGAACUGACAAUGAACGUGAUCAAUUUGAUUCAGAUGUGGCAAUGGAUGAAAAUAAUCAAAUAAAUGCUGCAACACACAACACUGAAGUUCUUGUAAGAACUGUACCACUCCAAGUGAAGAAGUGGAGGGACAUGGAUAAGUUUCAUCCUAGUACUACUACAUCUGUUUGGAGAAAACUAAAGGUUAUCAUUGCAUUCAGUGGCUGGUUAUUACAAUAUAUCUUUGAUGUACAACAAAAGUUUCCUGAGCUUUCAGAAGAAGAUAAAGAUUGUGCCAUGAGACAAGUAGAGAGUCAAUAUAAUAAUCGGCGUUACCGUCUACUUCAAACUUAUCGAAACAACAAGCCAAGGCCACAACAUGUCUCACCAGAAGGUUGGCAAUGGUUGAUAAGGAAUUUGUGGACGUAUGAUGAUUUUCAGAAAAGGAGCAACCAAAACUCUAUCAAUAGAGGAAAGCAAGAGAUGGGGUCCAAAGUAGGAACUAUAUCAAUUGCUCAAAUCGCUUACGAUCUGCGAGACCCAGAGACUGGUGAAUGGCCUACUGCUAUGCAAGUUUGGAGGGCUACAUAUCAAAAGGCUGAUGGGACAUGGUCCAUUCCAAUGGGUGAAGAAAUAAUGACCAAACUACAUGAAGCUGCUGGGAUACAUCAAGAAAAGAUUUCUUCUGCGCCCAUGCCAAUAGUAGAGCACUUCGCACUAGUUCUUGGUCGAAAGCCAAACCAUUCACGUGGUGUUGGCAUUCGUGCUGUAAACCGAUUGGCUAAAGAAAGAAUCAGAUUGCAGGUGCAAAUUGAGGCUUUUGAAUAG